AUGGAAUCAGUGUCACUAAGCUCCCGCCUCAACAAGGCUGUACGCCAGCAGUACAUGAGCCUGCCACAGGAUGGGAAGUGCCAGGUUACCUACAUCUGGAUUGACGGCACUGGAGAGGGACUUCGCAACAAGACCCGAACCCUGAAUGAAGAACCAAAGAGUAUAGAAGAUAUUCCUGAGUGGAACUUUGAUGGCUCGAGCACAUACCAGUCUGAAGGUUCCAACAGCGACAUGUACCUCAUCCCUGUGUGCAUGUUCAGGGAUCCAUUCACUCUCGACCCCAACAAACUGGUCCUGUGCGAAGUCCUCAAAUACAACCGCUUGCCUGCAGAAACCAACCAUCGAGCUAGCUGCAAGAAAGUGAUGGAGAAGGUCAAAGAGCACGCUUUGUGGUUUGGCAUUGAGCAAGAGUACACGCUCUUGGGAACAGAUAAAUACCCUUUUGGUUGGCCUACAAAUGGAUAUCCAGCACCCCAAGGCCCAUACUACUGUGGAGUGGGCGCUGACAAUGCUUACGGACGGGACAUUGUGGAGUGUCACUACAAGGCCUGUCUCUAUGCAGGGGUCAACAUCUAUGGCACCAAUGCUGAGGUUAUGCCAUCUCAGUGGGAGUUCCAGGUGGGUCCCUGUGAGGGCAUAGACAUGGGAGACCACCUGUGGGUUGCACGCUUCCUGCUGCACCGUGUGUGUGAAGAUUUUGGAGUUAUUGCAACAAUGGACCCCAAACCAAUGAAGGGCAACUGGAACGGUGCUGGUUGCCACACAAAUGUCAGCACCAUAAAUAUGAGGGAAGAAGGGGGACUGCAAUACAUCGAGCAGGCCAUUGAGAAGCUGAGCAAAAGACACUGCCAGCACAUCAAAGUGUACGACCCACGUGGAGGUCAGGACAACAUCAGACGUCUCACAGGUCAUCACGAAACCUCUAGCAUCAACGACUUCUCUGCUGGAGUGGCCAACCGAGGCUCCAGCAUCCGCAUCCCUCGCCAGGUGGGCCAGGAGAAGAAAGGCUACUUCGAGGACCGCCGUCCUGCAGCUAACUGUGACCCGUACUCUGUGACAAAGGCCAUAGCAGUCACCUGCCUGCUUGAUGGAGAGGAGGGAGAGGAGAUCGAGUAG